AAUAGGUGUCAAUCUGUCUGGUGACAAAUCCAAAUAUUUUAUCUCAACCGACAUUUGAAUAGUCAAAACUUGGAAAGUUGAAUAUGUUACAACGGAAACAUACUUUGUGUUCCUGUUACACCCUCAUCCUCACUUUUUAUAAGAUUCAAUGUUAUUACAGAGCCAGUGAAUUUGAAAGUUUAAACACUGAGGACUUCAAAUUAAUUUCAUCGAGAAUAUCGGGAUAUCAGAAUGCAGCUGAAAUCAACAAGGAUAUCAUUAACUCAGCAGAAUGUUUAAUAGUUCAACUUGAAAUUGAUGACAAUAAGAGUAUUUGUUUGAAAUCAAAACAUUCCGAUGUAUUCAAUUUCAAAACUCAAUUACGAAUCUACACUGAUAGCAAUGGACGUUACCAGAAUAUUGAACAGGAAAAAAAUUUGGUGGAAGGUUACAUUACUUCAGAACCAAAUUCAAGCUAUGUUGGGGGUUACAUAGAGUCUAUUUAUUUUUACGGUAAAGUGAGGAGUUUUGACAAGAUUUUUCACGUAGAUAACCUAAAAAGCUAUCCCUUACUGCAACGCGUGAAUAAUGAUUCUAAUAAAAAUGCUGUAGUUUUUGAAAGCAAAACGAAUUCAGAAAUGAACGGAACAUCAAAGAAGGCGUUCGAGUUUUUCAACAGCAGAGGUAAUAUUUCUCCUGUUAAACGGAACUCAGAAGAUAAUAUAUACCAACUUUUCAAGACAAUGAUUCAAAAAGGUAAAGUCUGUACCUUAUUGGUGGUUAUCGAUAAUUCAUUUUUACAUCGAAUCUACAAUGAUAAUAUGGAUUCAGCUGUGAAGUACGUGUUAUUCUCAAUUGAUGAGGCCAAUUCGCUAUUCCGUUCAACUGACUUUGACGACGAUGGGUAUCCCGAUAAUAUUGGCCUCUUGAUAAAAUAUUUAGUAAUAAUACAAUCUGAAAAGAGCCCAAUGAAUUUGUUACCAAAGUAUUCCAAGAAAGCAAUGGACGUGAAAUACUACCUGAAAAUGUUCUCAAGAUACAACUUAUUGAGCGAAGUAUGUUUGGGAGUGGCAUUCACGGGACAAACUUUCAAAAAUGACAUCAUCGGAGUAAGUUACUCUGCCGUUCCCGUAAACAGAAAAUAUUUUCAAUUAUCUAUAGGAGGCAUUUGUGAUCGACCACUUAUGAAUCAACUUUCUGUUAAUUUAAAUACUCUUGUAGUCUCUGCCGCAAGUGAAAAUGGAACACCCAUACCCCAAUAUAUGUUUCAUUUAAGUCUAACUCAUGAACUGGGCCAUAGUUUCGGAAGUGAUCAUGAUAAGACAAACGAAUGUGAAGGACACCUGAUGACAGAUCACACCCCCAAAAAUUUGGAAAGAAAACAUUUCGUUUUUUCCCCUUGCAGUAAACGCAUGAUUUUAGAAACGAUUGUUACUAAAGGUCAUUGUCUUCAAGAUUAUGAUGAGAGUUAUUGUGGUAAUGGUCUGAUAGAGCCUGGUGAGGAAUGUGACUGUGGUACAACAAAGGACUGUGAGGAGUUUGACGCUUGCUGUUCAUCUCGAGGAACAAUGUCUCCUUGUCAGCUGAGAAGGGAUAAAGGAUAUCAGUGUCACCCUUCCCAAGGACUAUGUUGUUCUUCCAAAUGCAUGUACAAGGAUCUUUCUGAAUAUGAUCUGAACUGCAAGAAUUUUCAAAAUAGUUGUCCAUGUCACAAUAGCUUGAAAAUCUGUUCAUGUGGAAUACAGGGAAGAUGUCUACAGAGUUCAUGUACUAGUGAAGAAUGCGCCAGGUUGAAUUUAAACGAAUGUGUUUGUCCAGAAUAUUUAGAAAAACAUUCCUGUCAAACCUGCUGCUCAUUGAACGGGUCAUGUUUGCAUUCGAGGAUUGUUACUAAACAAUUAAUAGAACAGAAUGAUUCACUGAUUGAGGACUUGGAAAUGAUAUCAAAUAGAAGGAAAUCCGGACGUUUUAGUAUUCAUGAAAAAUUAUGUAAUGAAAAAACAUGUGUCAACAUCAGCUUCCGAACUGCCUUGGCGAAUGAUUAUUGUUUAUUGUAUGGACAAUUAGGGAUCUGUAAUGAACAUUAUGAGUGUAUUAUACCAGAUUCAAAACUCAUUUAUCCUAGUGUACCAGUGGAAAAGAUUAAAAAAAGUGGAAUGACGUCAAAUUCAAUAUUCAAAUUUGAAUUACUUGGAAUUGUUAUAUUUUGUUUGUUAAUAUGCUACUUUGAAUGUAUUUUAUAG